AUGGACACCGAUCAUGCACCUGUAUGUGUUGACAUGCGGAUGCGUUUUGUCGGACGCCCACGACGACGCUGUGAUCGCAUUGACACCAGCCAACUGACAAAGCCAGCUGUUCCGAAUGCGUAUCGAAGUACGCUGACAUACGAGUUGAGUCAGCGCUCACUGGAGACAAUUGAAGGUCACUGGUUACAUGUUUAUCAGACCUUAAUAGCGUCAGGCAAAUCCUCAUGUGGUAUGUCUCAUAGCCAACAUGGAUAUUGGGUCUCUUCGCGGUCUCUGGAACUUAUCGAUGCUCACCGGCCUAUCCUGGAAGCGAACGCAAUGAAACUUGCAAAGAGCUCCGGGCAAGACUACGUGCUAACCUGA